UUCCAUACAAAAAGCAACGAAGAAGAAGAACCAAACAAGCCGGUUAUCUUAAGUGAUGGCGUCUCGCCGGGCCCUUAAAGCCGUGCUCAUUGAUUUAAGUGGGACUCUUCACAUUGAGGAUGCAGCUGUACCUGGAGCUCAGGAAGCACUCACAAGAUUGCGUCGUGCUGCAGUGGCUGUCAAAUUUGUAACCAACACAACCAAAGAGUGUAAGAGGACGCUACACGAACGACUGCAGCGUCUCGGCUUUGACAUCCAAGAGCAGGAGAUCUUUACGUCGUUGACUGCAGCACGAAACCUGUUGGAGCAGAAGAACGUGCGCCCGCUGCUGCUGGUAGAGGAAAGUGCACUGGAGGAUUUUGCAGGUAUAGAAACGUCAGAUCCUAACGCUGUCGUUAUAGGCUUAGCACCCGAACACUUCAACUAUGAGAAGCUUAAUAAAGCUUUCAGGCUAAUUCUGGACGGUGCCCCUCUCAUCGCCAUCCACAAAGCCCGUUAUUACAAGAGGAAAGACGGCUUGGCGCUGGGACCCGGACCGUUCGUGACGGGUCUGGAAUAUUCCACUGACACACAGGCCACUGUGGUGGGCAAACCUGAGAAAACCUUCUUCUUGGAAGCUCUGCGAGAUCUGAACUGCAGCCCCGAGGAGGCCGUUAUGAUCGGAGACGAUGCCAGAGACGAUGUUGGCGGAGCUCAGAACACAGGGAUGCUGGGAAUGUUAGUCAAAACCGGAAAAUACAGAGCAGGUGAUGAAGAUAAAAUCAAUCCUCCUCCUUACCUGACGUGUGAGAGCUUCCCUGAAGCUGUUAGUCACAUCCUUCAACAUCUGCUAGACACUAAAUAACUCCUGAUGGUACGGUUGAUACGUGCAAAUGUACGUGUGCCAAAAAAAACAACAAUACAGUAAUACAUUCUGUAGCAUCGUGUUAAAAUGUCUGCUGAUGGACAGGAAUGCGGUUGUAGGUUUUUGUGUUCUUCUGCAUUUGUAAGUUUCAGUCGGUCAUCUGACCAGCUGACAUGUAAUUCCAGUAUUAUAACAACCAUGGGGGAAAAAUAUUCUGAUAAUUACAUAAAAAUUGAAGCGUAAAUGUGACUGCAUUACACUCCAGACUUGUGUGUUAAAGCUGAGCUGAUUAUUAUCACUAUAAACUAUACAGAUAUACAAUAA